GCGGCUCUUUAGGGGCGGCUCUUCGGGGGCGGCUCUUUGCUGCGGCUCUUCGCGGCAGUUCUUUACGGCGAUGCGGGUGCUGUUGGGAGGGGGAAGUGGCUUUGUGGGCUCAGCCUUGACCCAACUGCUGCGGAGCCGUGGGCAUGGAGUCACACUUGUCUCCCGGCAAGGGGGCCAGGACCGGAUCACCUGGGAAGAGUUGUCUCACUCUGGACUGCCUCUGUGCGAUGCCGUGGUGAACCUGGCUGGUGAAAAUGUCCUCAACCCAUUCCGCAGGUGGGAUGAUACCUUCUGCAGGGAAGUCUUCAGCAGCCGGAUUGAGACCACCAAGACCUUUGCCAAAGCCAUUGCUGAGGCUCAACAGCCCCCCCGUGCUUGGGUCCUCGUCACCGGCGUAGGCUAUUACCGCCCUAGCCCCACAGCUGAGUACACCGAGGACAGUUCUGGGGGUGAUUUUGACUUCUUCUCACGCUUGGUGAGCUCCUGGGAGGCUGCAGCUCUCAUCCCUGGGAGCCCAACUCGUGGUGUUAUAGUGAGAUCUGGGGUGGUGCUGGGCCGAGGUGGUGGUGCAAUCUCUCAGAUGCUCUGGCCAUUCCGUCUGGGACUAGGAGGCCCCUUGGGCUCUGGACUCCAGCCCUUCCCAUGGAUCCACAUUCAGGACCUGGCUGGUAUAGUGUGUCAUGCCCUGGAAAGCGAGUCCCUGCAGGGUAUCCUCAAUGGUGUCUCUCCAUCCUCUAAUGCCACCUCCAAUGGCACCUUCGCUCGGGAGCUCGCUGCCGCCCUGGGGCGCCCAGCCCUGCUGCCGGUGCCUGCCUGGGCUGUACGUGCAGUCUUCGGUGCAGAGCGGGCCUCCAUGCUCUUGGAGGGCCAGAAGGUGGUGCCAAAACGCACCCUGGAGAGCGGCUACAAAUUCCUCUUCCCUGAGCUGUCUGGAGCUCUGAAGGACAUUGUGGCUUGAGGACUCCUCGGCUGGGCUUUGUUGGGUCCUGUUUUUGUGAUCCCCCUGCCUUCACCUGGGUGAAAGAGGGCAGCCCUGCCCCUUCUUGACACUUGCCCAUCCCCAUGCAGAGAGGGCGAACAAUGUUUUCUCCUUCUGUCUCACUUUGUGCAUCCCCAGUUUAGGAGUCACCCCUCUUACUGCCAUCUGCAAUUUCCACAUCCCCUACCUUUGAGGAAGGGCUCAAAUCCCAUCUAAGGAUUGUGACUGCUGAAAUCUACCAUCUUCCCUGUGCCACAGCAUGCCUGAGCUGCCUGCAAAGCAGCGGUGGGGAGGGGCUGUAAUGUCUCAUCACCUGGGAGACCAGGGUGGCAGCAGGAAAGAGGUGUUCAGGUGUUCUCCAUGUUACUGGAGGUCUCUCUUCCUGUUUUUCCCCAUGUCUUUCUCCUGUGGUUACACAGAGACCUCAUUAUGCUCUUCUGCUUUGUCUGUCUCAGUCUUAUAGGUAUGGAGUUGUGGUUGUGGGAGAAGAUCCAUCUUGAGGGGGCACAAAGGGUGCUGGAUAUGGAUGACUUGGAGACUUUGCCUUCUCGUUUGUUGUGGCUUUGUCCUGGUACCAAGUUGCUGUGUCAGAACCUCCAGCUGAGAUUAGGUCCAAGAGUUGCACCCCUCUAGGGCUGCGUAACUGUGAUGCUGUGGUGGGGAUGAAGGAGAAUGCUGCUUUGCCAUCCUGGAGGGAUAAGAGUGGCACGACUGUUGCCCCUGGAUGGCUCUUGAGGCCUUGGGUAGUGUCGAUUGCGUUUGAGCUUGUGUUGAGGAGAAACUGCGCUUCAUCUUGGUGUGAGUUACUACAAGGCACUGCUUUAAUCUAAAGGGAGGCUUUCAGCUCUUGCCUUCAUUGUAGUUCUCUAAUCCCAGACAGGGUGCUUUUCCCUCAUUCCUCCUGUGAGGUGGUACUUGUGUUCAGGGAGUUCCCACUGAUCAGUCUGAGCACAGCUGGGUGAGCUGGGACUUUGGGAAUAGCCAUGAAAGCAUUGUCACCUGUGCUGAGUGUGGUUUGCCUAAGUUGUGCUUUACUGCCUGUAAGGAAGGUGCAGAUUCCUUCCUCCCGUGUGCCUCAGUGUCCCAUCCUCGAGAGCAAGCUCACCUACUCUGGGUUACAGGCACAGUUCACUGUGGGGCAACACAAUGGGGAUGGCCAGCAGCACUUCAGCUUUUCAGCUGCAUUUUUAGAGCCUUGGACAUGCACCUGCUCCCCAGGGUGUGGUGGGCUACUGCAUCCUUCUGUCAGGCUAGCGGAAGCUGUUCUGUACCUGUGUGUACCUUGAUUAUUGCAACAGCUUUGGAUUGUUAUUGGAAAUAAAGAUAAGUACAGCUGGAACAGCACUUGGAACCUGCAGCUCUUCUGAAAGAGUAUGUCCCAUGAAAGACAGCGCCAAGCAGAGUUCCAAGGCCUCACUCCCUGCCUGGAUGUGUAACUCCUUGAGAAUUUUGAAAGAUUGCCUUUGCCUCCGUUUGGCUUAAACACAUCACAGGGCUUAUAUGAGCUUCUGACACUGCAGGAUCUGAAGACAUUGGCUGCUGAAUGCAAUUAGGACUUUCCAUCACAAUAAAUUCACACACCCACCAUACCCCUUUGUUGGCUGUGGAGCCUGAAAACAAGGAUUAACCACAGCAAGCUGAGAUCCAGAUUGGAUUUUUGAUCAGUGUCUAUUUUUGUUGGCUAUAAGGGAAUGCUGGCCACAAGCUGCAGGACUUCAUGGUGCAAAGCACAGGUCUUGGGCUGGCCCAGCAAUGGCCCAGCUGGCUCCACAGUGCUCAGUGCUAGCGGUUUCUGUAAGCCUGGUUGUGCUCUGAAUAUUUGCUCUGGCCUGGGAAGUCCCUCUGGUUUUCGAGGUCAAUGCCUAUGAUUGUGAGGAGAUAUCAAGAAUGGCUGCUGGCUCUGGCAGCCCCAGCCUGGGACCCUCCCACCUGGCUGCUACUCACCCGGUGUGGUGUCCAGGUUCCCCAGGGUCUCUGCCCAAGGUGAGGGACAUGCCUGUGGCUUUUCUGUUGGCAGGUUCAGUCAGCCCUGAAGCUGAGCGCCUGUUGGAGGCACACGCAUGCACAGACUGAGGACACAGCCAGGUGACACUGAUGUGGCUGCUCACAGGCUGCUACAGCACAGGAAGGGCAUGGAUCUGGCUCUGGGGAGACCUUAUAAUGACCUUCCACUUGUUAAAGGGGCUCCAGGAAAGCUGGGGAGGGGCUCUUGAUCAGGAAUGUAGGAUUAGGAUGAGGGGAAAAGGUUUUAAACUGAAGAAGGGAGAUCAGCGCGAGAUCUUAGGAAGAAAUGUUUUCCUGUGAGGGGUGGGAAGGCCCUGGCCCAGGUUGCCCAGGGAAGCGGUGUCUGUCCCAUCCCUGGAGGUGUUCAAGGCCAGGUUGGUUGCGGCUUUGAGCAACCAGAUCCAGUGGGAGGUGUCCCUGCCCAUGGCAGAAGGGUUGGAACUGGAUGAACUUUAAGGCCCCUUCUCACUCAAACCAUUCUAUAAUUCUAAGUCCCUUGUGCACCAGCCUGACCGUCCUGUCCACCAGCACUCCUCAGCCCUCUGACCCAUUGGUUUGAUGCAUCAAACAUGUAUCUCUCACACAGUCAUCCCAUACUUGCAGGUACCCUGGGUAUCAGCAUAGACCCCUGCCCACCUGAUGUCCCUGCCUGGACCUGAGGCUUCCUUGUCUGCUGUUCCAGCCUGAAGUCUGCUGCUGAAUUCCCAGGGAUACCUCAUGCACUCCUGGUUUGUGAGAGAUGCAGACACGCCUCCCUCAUCAUCCAGCACCAGGCAAACAAGCUUUGACCUGUUGUCCCACUCCAACUGCUGUAACUGAGCUCCUCACUCGUGCUGGCCACGGGGUUACAGUCGCACUGGCUGUGAGGUGAGGUCCCAUUGGCUCCAGUAGCUGACACCAGAGGCCAGGAGUGCCUGCUCCCCCAGUCUGACUUCGCUAGCUGGCAUCAAAUCCACUCGCACUGAUCCCCCCAGUAGCUGGUGCCCAGUCCCUGCAGCACAUCCACACAGGAAAUACUGAGAUUACUCUGAGAGUUAGGAAAAGAUUUAAUAAGAACAGGCAGUCGUGGUCAAGCACAGACCUCGGCCAGACCGGCAAUGACCGGCCCACAUCUACACCCGACCAGCCUCUUCUGUACCUGUUUUCUGUCUGUCCUCCCUCUUUGUUGCUUCCCAGCUUCCCCUCAUCUUCUGGCAUGGUCCGACUGACCCCAUCCAACAUCCUGGACACAUCCUUGCAUCCUUAACCAGUUUCAAAGUCCUAGUUACCUGUAGCUUCUCGAGUGCUCAUCAGUGAGUGAGUCUGGCAACAUUUGUUUCUGGUCUUGGUCUUUGCUAGCACUUUGUGGUCAGGGAUUCUGACUGUGUGUGUUUGUGUUUCUCCCUUUCCUUAUCUUGCCAACUGUAAAGAUAAAUGUUCUGAGACCAGCUCCACACAUUCUUACCAAUAAGGGGAACUGAUCAACUUUGUUCUCAUCACAGCCUCCCUGUCAUUUGUCACGUUUAUCAUGUUCUUGUUUAUGACUCCUGUGACCAGAUAGCCAUGAAGGAGCAGAAACUCCUUCCAUGUACUGUCACACCAGCCCAGUGAACAUUAAUAUCAGAAGAAACUGCAUUGCUCCCUGCUCGAGAGGGCUGAAGAUGGUUCCUCCUGUGGGCUGCACACACCAGGAGUCCGACUCUUCUGGGCAUUGACUGGAUGCGGGGGGGGGUGCAAAGGCUGUGUUGCUGCCCCCCCUCUCAGAGACAAUAGACAUGAAUGUAUUGAGGCACUUAAAAUCAAUAACACCGUUGUAACAGUCAUAGAGGCGAGUCCAGCUUUGAUGGAUGUAUCUCUCCAGGCACUGAGUCUGUGGCCGGGGAAACCAGCAUUCUGAUCUCAUGCCAGGAGAGCUGGGUGACCCGCAGUGGUGACCUGCUUCAGGCUGAGCUCUGUGGUGGUUACUGAGGCCCUGUCAAACACAGCUGGGCUUAAUUCAGAGAUUUUGAGACCAGUGGUAGUUCUGCCCCAUUUGUAAUUGCCCAUCUGGAGCAUGGUAGAGACCAAGCAGAUGCCUCCUCAACUUAUCUCUAAGUUCCACUUUAAAAAAACAAUCAGAGUUCAUUUUUUUUCUGCUGUUUAAUAUCCAAUAGAAGUUACAGCUGAGGCUGGGCACCUCCAAAAAAGGACCCUGUCUGUUGAUUGUUACUGGAUUUCACGGUCUCCAUAAGUCCCUCAUUUCUUGGUGGCACUUCUGCUCCUCCAAUCCUGUUUGCAGAGUCUGAGGUCUUCUCUUCUGAUUUGCUCUUGCAGCAUCCAGGCAUCCUUUUUGUCUGUGCCUUCAGACAUUCCCUUGUCUUUUGGUACAGAAUAGCCUGUAAUUACAUUUUGACUUCCUCACCUCUUGUGUACAGUUCCACAGAUAAAAGCCGCAGUUCAGUUCCUGCAGCCUGAGGCUUUGGUCACUGCAGGCACUGAUGCUCAGCUUUGGCACAAGGCCACAGUAAUAUCAGUCCCUGUUACACAUUCUUUCACAAAUUAUAAGACAUUGCUCUUGUCCUAAUUAAGGUUGACAUUUCCCUUCCCCUACCGUUUCAUUUCCAGUGAAUUGUUGCUUUGUAGCCAAAACCAUUACAGAUUUGUAUCAAAUAUAACAAGAGCAAGUGCUGGAUUCUCCACCAGGGAUGGGAUAAUCCUGCUUAUACAAAAGUUAGGGAAUGAGAGGCUGGAGAGCAGCCUCAUAGAAGAGAUCAGGGGUGUGGCUAAUUGAACAGGAGUCAACAGUGUGAUACCCUGGCAACCAAAAGAUCUACCCUUGCCCUGUUGUGCAUCAAGCAGGGCAGAUUGAGCCGGUUGAGGGAAGGAAUUGUCCCUCUCUAUGCUGGUGUGGCCUCAGCUCUUGUGCUUUGUGCAGUUUUAGGCACCGCAACAUAAGGAGGACAUCAAAAUAUGAGAGUGUGUCCAGAGGAGGGUGACCAAGGUGGUGAAAGGCCUCAGGUCAAGAGUUGUGAGGAGUGGCUGAAGUCACUUGGUUUGUCCAGCUUGGGCUGAGGGAUGACCUGCUCCCAGUCUGCAUCUUCCUCAAGGUGGGCAGCAGGGGGAGGUGCUGAUCUCCUCUCGCUGGUGAGCAGAGAUGGGACCUGGGGAAAUGGAAUGGACCUGUGUCAGGGGAAGUCCAGCUGGGACAUUAGGAAAGGUCCACCAAGUGCAUUAGGAAACCACCCUGCACUUUGAGGGUGGUUUCUUACUGCACAGGGAAGUGGUCAUGGCACCGGGUCAAGGAGUGUCUGGAUGAUAUUUUUAGUUCUAUGGUUCAGUUCUAGGCAGUGCUGUGAGGAGCAUGGAGUUGGCCUUGAUGAUCCUUAUGGGUCCCUUCCAACUUGAGAUAUUCUGUGAUUCCACCUCGGAAUCAAACUCAGAAUUAGAUUACAGAGUAAUUUAAGCAGGUACUAAGGGCAAGAUAAAAAUGCUUAAGACGUGGUUUAUUUUUUCCCAAAGUAGGCAUUAAAAAUGGAUUGGCCUAAUUGCUUGCUGGAAACACACAGGAAUCGUUAGGUGGCUAAUUUUUAUACUGUAGAUAUCUGUACCUGGAUAGACAGAUCUUGCUACUAGUGGCUACCAUAAGGCUACGUCCGCAUUCCCUUUGAGCCUGACAGCUGAUUUCUGGUGUCCAUGGCCUUCCUCUGCUAUAAGAAAAAUGCAAAGCCUGACAUGAGCUGGAUCACCCAGCGACUUCCACAUUCUCCCUUUGUGGAGAAGCAGUUGACCCAUUCAGGAGCCGAGUUGCAUGAGAGUCAAGCGAUAGGCAGUGUCAACACCAGAGAUUCACACAUGGGCUAAAAUCUUGAACUAACAUUUGUGGCACCUGAUUUUAUCCAUCUGGACCAGAACUUGGGUGAUGUUUCAGUAAGUGCUUCCCACCUGCCAGUUCAUUUCUCUAGAGGUACAGAAUUUUAACAGUAGAACUGCAUACCACAACUGUGCUCGUUCCUUUAAACAGUAUUGUCUUCUAAAUUAUUCCAUACGGGUUCUAAUGUAACUGUAAGGCUUUUUGAUAAUUAGAAGAGAAUUAUUUGAAGCUUACCUAAUAAAUAUUAUGUUGCCACAUAGCGUCUGCUCUGGAGCUGUUCCUAAGAGAAUUAUAUUAACAA